GAGCCUGCCCGGGACACGCCGGCGCGCAGCCGCCCGGGCUGGCGCUGAGGAACAGCAUUAAAAUGUUAAAGGCAGUUUUGAAAAAGAGCCGAGACGGUGGAAAGGGGAACAAGAAGGAAACAGCAGGUGACUCCUGCCCAGAGAAUGCUGUGCCGGUUAUUGUAGCAUCUGGUCAAAAUGCAGAUUUUCCUGUUGGAAAUCAGCCUGUACCUGAGGAUAUGUAUAGAAUGAACUUGACUAAAGGAGUCUCAAUGUCUUUGCCAUCAUCACCUUUACUACCACGUCAGUCUUACUUGAUGCAGUCAAGAUCAAACAGAAAAUCUCCAGGUCCGAUCAGGAAGCCCAAGUUCGUGGAAAGUCCCAGAGUGCCAGGAGAUGCAGUUGUUGUACCAUUCAGAAAAGUGUCAGAGCCAACAGAACCCAAUCAGAAUGAAGCAAAGCCUGAUAAAGAAUCAAACUGUUCACCUGCAGCACAAGAAUUGAUGACAAGAUUGGGAUUUUUACUGGGAGAAGGGAUCCCAGCCUCUGCACACAUAACUCUAGAAGAAAAAAAUGAAACCAUGUGCACAGUAGCCAGUCAAGGAGUCAGUCCCUGCUCUACACUAACAAGCAGCACUACAUCACCUAGCACUGAUAGUCCCUGCUCAACUCUGAAUAGCUGUAUUGGCAAAACAGCAGCUAACAAAAGUAGUCCCUGUGGGACCAUUAGCAGCCCUAGCUCCACAUUGGAAAGCAAGGACAGUGGAAUUAUAGAGCGUAUUCAGGAUUUUAUUAUUUUUUCAGCAACUAUAACAAGUUCAUCUGAAAAUGAUGACCGCAGUGGAUCCAGUUUGGAGUGGAGUAAAGAUGGAAGUCUCAGAACUGGUGUGCAUCAAGGAAUUAUUCAUGAUCGAAGGACAGAUAAUUGUUCACCAGUUGCAGAAGAGGAGGCAGCUGGAGCUGCUGAGAGUUUGCCCAAAGCAGAAGUGCCUAGUGCAGAUGGUCCUGUUCCCUAUACACAGAGUUCUAGCUCGUUAGUAAUGCCUCGUCCCAAUUCUGUUGCAGCAACAAGUUCAACCAAGCUUGAAGAUUUGAGUUAUUUGGAUGGACAAAGGAAUACUCCCCUACGCACCUCAAUUCGCUUACCUUGGCAUAAUACUGCGGGAGGAAGAGUACAACAAGAAAUUAAAGCACGUUUUGUCCCCUAUAAGCCUCAAGACAUCUUACUAAAGCCACUAUUGUUUGAAGUGCCAAGCAUAACAACAGACUCUGUGUUUGUUGGAAGAGAUUGGCUGUUUCAAGUGAUUGAAGAAAACUUGAAGAAUACAGAGCUGGCAGAAAACAGGGGAGCAGUUAUUAUUGGAAAUGUGGGAUUUGGGAAGACUGCUGUUGUUUCAAGACUGGUGGCACUCAGCUGCCAUGGAAGUCGUAUGAGGCAGAUUGCAUCGAACAGUCCUAAUUCAUCUCCCAAAAGUGGUGACCCCUGUCAGGAGAUUCCCCUCACACAGUUAUCUUCAUCUGCCCCUUCCACAAAUGGUAGCAAUACAGUGAAGUCUCUAAGUUCUCCUGGUACUCCUGAGCAUCAAAAUCAAACUGGUGAUUCAGUGCGACGCCUUGCUUCAAAGGUCGUUGCCUAUCACUAUUGCCAAGCUGACAACACGUACACGUGUCUUGUCCCAGAAUUUGUCCAUAGUAUUGCAGCUUUACUUUGCCGGUCACAUCAGUUAAUGGCAUACCGAGAUCUUCUAAUAAAAGAGCCUCAUCUACAAAGCAUGCUUAGCCUUAGGUCCUGCGUCCAAGAUCCAGUGGCAGCUUUUAAAAGAGGAGUGUUGGAGCCACUUGCAAACCUCAGGAAAGAGCAGAAAAUUCCCGAGGAAGAAUACAUAAUUUUGAUAGAUGGUUUAAAUGAUGCUGAAUUCCACAAACCUGAUUAUGGUGACACACUUUCUUCAUUUAUCACAAACAUUAUUUUUAAAUUCCCUUCUUGGUUGAAGCUGAUUGUGACGGUGAGAACUAACUUUCAGGAAAUAGCAAGUUCAUUACCUUUUUUCAAAAUCUCUCUCGACAAUUUCCCAGACAACAAAGAAAUCCAUGGUGAUCUGAAUGCCUAUAUUCAGUACAGGAUCAGUAGCAGUCAGGAAAUUAUAAACAAUAUAUCUUUAAAUGGGAAAGCUGAUGCAGCCACAAUCGGGAAAGUGGGUAAUCACCUGAUCAUGAGGAGCCUGGGAUCUUACCUUUAUUUGAAAUUGACAUUGGAUCUUUUUCAAAAGGGUCACCUGGUGAUCAAAAGUGCAAGCUACAAAGUAGUUCCAGUGUCUCUGUCAGAACUUUAUUUGCUUCAGUGCAACAUGAAGUUCAUGAGCAACUCUGCUUUUGAGAGAGCCCUGCCAAUAUUAAAUGUGGCACUAGCAUCCCUUCAUCCUAUGACAGAUGACCAGAUUUUCACAGCUAUUAAUGCUGGUCAGAUAAAUGGUGAACUGGAAUGGGAAGACUUCCAGCAGAGAAUGGAGGCCCUUUCAUGUUUUCUGAUAAAAAGGCGUGACAAAACACGUAUGUUCUGCCAUCCUUCCUUCAGGGAAUGGCUUGUUUGGAGAGCCGAUGGUGAAAAUACUGACUUCUUAUGUGAGCCAAGGAAUGGGCACGCUCUACUGGCAUUCAUGUUUUCUCGACAGGAGGGAAAAUUAAACCGUCAACAAACCAUGGAACUUGGUCAUCACAUUCUUAAAGCUCACAUUUUUAAGGGUCUUAGUAAAAAGACUGGAAUUUCUUCCAGUCACCUUCAAGCUCUGUGGAUUGGAUAUAGUACUGAUGGAUUGUCAGCUGCCCUUGCUUCUCUGAGAAACCUCUACACACCUAAUGUGAAGGUGAGUCGCUUGCUGAUCUUGGCAGGAGCAAAUGUGAAUUACAGGACUGAAGUUCUGAACAAUGCUCCAAUAUUGUGUGUUCAGUCCCAUCUUGGUCAUGAAGAAGUGGUUGCUCUCCUGCUGGAAUUUGGAGCUGCUGUUGAUGGUACAUCUGAAAACGGGAUGACUGCACUUAGCUAUGCGGCCGCUGCAGGUCACAUGAACAUAGUUUCACUGCUUUGCAAAAGAAGUGAAAGGGCUGACUACCUGGACAAGAAAGGCCAAUGUGCUUUGGUUCACAGUGCAUUGAGAGGACAUUGUGAUAUCCUUCAGUACUUGCUCAAUAUUGAUUGGACAGUUUCUUCCCAUGAACAAAAUUCAUUGAGGAAAUGUCAGGCACUUCAGCAAGCAUUGACAGCAGCUUCCAGUAUGGGCCACUGUCAGGUGAUUCGUUACCUGUUGGGGAUUGAAAAGGAACAUGGAGUAGACCUCAGUGAUACUGAUGUGCUAUGGGGAGAAACAGCCCUUUCAGCUGCUGCAGGGCGGGGGAAGCUGGAAGCAUGUGAAGUACUUCUGGAACAUGGAGCUGCUGUGACAAGAACCAACAGGAGGGGGGUCUCCCCACUUUUCUGUGCUGUGCGCCAGGGACAUUGGCAGAUUGCAGAGCUUCUGUUAGAGCACGGAUCUGAUGUUAAUUUGAGUGACAAACAAGGCAGGACACCACUUAUGGUGGCUUCUUGUGAAGGACAUUUGAGCACAGUGGAAUUUCUACUUGCCAAAGGUGCAGCCAUUUCAUCACUGGAUAGAGAGGGGCUAACAGCACUGAGCUGGGCUUGCUUAAAGGGCCAUAAAGAGGUAGUUCAACAUUUGGUUGAAAAAGGUGCAACAAUAGAUCAGACAGACAAAAAUGGCCGAACACCCUUGGAUUUGGCAGCUUUCUAUGGGGACGCUGAUAUUGUACAGUAUUUAGUGGAGAAGGGUGCAGUGAUUGAACAUGUUGACCACAGUGGUAUGCGUCCAUUGGACAGAGCAAUUGGAUGUCGAAAUACAGCAGUAGUGGUCAUGCUACUUAAGAAAGGAGCCAAAUUAGGAAAUGCAGCUUGGGCAAUGGCCACUUCUAAACCUGACAUUCUGAUUAUUCUACUGCAGAAGCUGAUGGAAGAAGGAAACGUACUGUACAAAAAAGGGAAGAUGAAAGAAGCAGCUCAGCGAUAUCAGCAUGCCCUAAGGAAGUUUCCUCGGGAAGGGUUUGGAGAAGAAAUGAAAGCUUUCAACGAGCUGAGAGUUUCGCUGUAUUUAAACUUGUCACGGUGCCGCAGAAAAACAAACGAUUUUGGCAUGGCUGAAGAGUUUGCUACCAAGGCACUUGAACUGAAACCCAAAUCUUAUGAAGCCUAUUAUGCUAGAGCAAGAGCCAAAAGAAAUAGCAGACAGUUUCUUGCAGCUCUUGCUGACCUCCGAGAAGCCAUAAAGCUGUGUCCUAGUAAUCAAGAAAUACAAAGGCUCCUGGCUCGAGUAGAAGAGGAAUGCAAACAGUUCCAGAGAACCCAGCAGCAGAAGAGGCAGUCUCCUCAGCCGGCACAGCAGAGUAAUGACUCUGACAAUGAAGAGGAGGCUCUUGGCCAAGGUUUGAAUGAUCGUAUGGGUCUUGAAGAAAUAGAAGAGGAAGAACUGCCAUACCAUGAUGAGUCCAUUCCACCUUCACAGAGGCUGCAGCAUUCCCUGGCUGCUUCACCUUACAGUAGGACCCUUCAAGAAGGCCUUCAGCAGAAAGCCAGACCAGCAUCCCCUCAGAACAGAGCAGGAAGUAAAUAUCUGAGAGAGCCGGGUUUGAUCAUGCAGCCUACAAAGCAAGCACAGAUUGUAAAAACAAAUCAGCAUUUGAGCUCUACACAGUCAGGGCUAAGAACUGGAAGUGGUCAGUGUAGUACAAAGACACAGUCAUCUUUUCAGCAUCUUCCCUCCAGUCCAAUGCCAGGUCGACACCCUGGAAAUCUGGCCAACAGUAAAAGUCAGUUUAUAGAUGGGACAAACACUGUAUCAUCUGGAAACAUUCCCACAGGAGCCUCCUCUGGCCUCUACAAUGAAAGGUUAGCAUCUAACCAGUUCUCCCAUUUACAGCACAGUGAGAGUACAUCUGCUCACUCAUUCACAAGUAAGUCCAAAACCACUGACAGGCCAGCAGCCAUGGAGAAAGCAGCACCCACCCAAGGAGUUCAAAUGCAUUUCAGUGAAGCAAGGCUGCAAGGGCCUGGAAUAAGUGCUGUCUCUUCUAGCUCUGCAUCUGGCAGCUUGAUUAUUUCCAGCUCUUCCAACAGUUUAACUUCAAGCAACAGCUUUUCAGAUAACAUGAAAGGACUAGGGCCAGAUGUUCGAAUUAAGGAAAAUAAACCUAGCCAAGGUCUAAGUAGUACAACUGAACAUAGACCACGCAAUACCCCAUUUAUGGGUAUCAUGGAUAAGACUGCCAGGUUUCAGCAGCAGAGCAGUCAAACAAAUCGCACUUGGAAUUGCCAGGUAUCUGAAGGAUUGCUACCAAAUGCUUCUGGUGGGGGCAUUCAGUCCACAACCUGUGAGCAGUUUUCUGGCAAACAGCCCAGUGGAUACAGUAAUUUAACCAAAACCUCCUCUACAGCUAUGGCCCCUGGAGAAGGUAUCCAAAAUGGAAUGCAGGCUAAAGAACUCAAAGAGCUCAAGAGCCAAAUGCCUGCCCACUCUCAAGACAGCAGGACAUCUAAGCCUGUCUCCCAUUUGUUUCCAGAUGCUCCGUCUAAACAACAGUCCUAUAUUAAUAAGGAAGGCCAUUUAAGUCAUGUCUCUUCUGCAAAACCAAAGCGUUCAUUUGUUGAGUCUAAUGUAUGAAUAGAAUAUAUCCUUUUGUAUAACAAACAGAAUAAUAAACAACAUGCGCUUGUAAACUCGGUGCAUAACAGCAUAUUGAUUGCUUUCAUUAAUCACUAAUAUAAGGCUGUUUCAUCAUCAUAGACUAUUGUUCCUAAAUAAAAUAUUUAAUUACCUGGCCACUUCUCCAAGUCUGAGUAGGUUGUCCAAGUUGGCCAGUAGUACUAACAAAAUAUGGGAUACAACCACUUUUUUACACUAUUUGCAACACCACAGCAUAGGAAUAUUAACUGGAAUGUCAAGUUUGGUUGGAAACAAUUGAGUCAUGCAUACCUGGUCAACUAGGCUUAUGAAUGCAUCACAUUAGGACCUCAAACGUGGAAAUUAUUUACUUUCCAUUAUAUCCUGGUUAUUAUAAGAUUUUAACAUUUUCACCUUAUAUAGGGUUUUAAUUAUGGCUUCUGAUUGUAUACCUCAUCAGCUGCAUAAUAAUUAGCCAUCCCUCUUUCCAGUGCUUAAAGCAUUUGAGUCCCACAACAGUGUUAUAAAUAAGGAUGGAAUUCAUGGUAUAACAGACCGGUCUGUAAAUGAAUGCUUUUAUCCAAAAGCUAUUGUAUUAUUUUUAUCAGUUUUCUAGCAGGAUAUAAUUGGGUUGCAUAAUGUAAAUUUAGGAACUUUUCAAGUCAUUUGUGUAACAGUAUAAUCUACAAGCAGCCAUGUGGUAACAUGUAAAUAUAAUUUUAUUUUUUGUUUUAGUUUCUAUAAGAAACCAAGUAAGAUCUGGAGAAACACAAGGACAGAUUUGCAUGCAUUUUUAAAGGCUUCAACUUUCCUGGUUAUUGCACUGAAUAAUACUAUAUUAUGGCAUGUUAACAAUAUAACCGUAACCGCACUUUAUAUAGUUUAUCUAAACACCUCUGAGGUGCUACCUUAAUGCAAAAUGAUGCAUCAUUCAUUCAUGGAGAAAAGGUACAGGAAUAAAAUACUUUAUUAAAAUGAUUUUAUAGCAAACCUGAUGUAUUAUUUUGAAGGUAUGAAGAUGAAAGUUUGAGGAAAAGUGUAUGUGCAGAUACUUUCUAGGAUGGGGUUGUGAGGUUUUUCAUAGAAAAAGGUUCUAUAUUUGCAAGAAUGUUUUCAAAAUGAAUGGCUGUAAUGACAUUCCUGUGAGUGUAAUUAAGAUCUGUAUUGUACAAGUUGGAGUAUUCAGUCACUUUUCAGCUUUUAUUCCCAUGUACAGUGUGUAUGUACAUUGUAAAAACAGCCUUACACAUUUUUUACAAAUUCCUGAAUGAGUUUGCAUUAUGCUCUAGCUUAUUUAUUGUUUACUGUUUCUUGGUUAUUUGGACGAGUCUUAUGUUAUUCUUGUUCUGUAGUUCUGUUUUUUGCACAGCUACUGUAUUUUUCCAUAUGAAAUAAAGACUAUUAAUAUAG